AUGAAUGUAAUUUGGGACCACGCACUUGGUGGUAUCAAUUACUCUAUUACUGAAAUCGGUGGACCGCAAUGUGUUGAGUUCUUACCGUUAUGGCAAAGAGUAGCAGAAACACUUGUAUUGGUGCCACUUGGUAUCUAUGGAAUAAUUAUUUCAUCAAGAAACCUCGAAGUAUUAUCAGUAAUAAUGCUGAGCUACUCAGCAUCAUUUUAA